AUGGCCAAUCCUGGGAACAGAAGAGGGAUCUACCACCCCUUGACACUUACCUGCUCCUUGCUCAUUGUGGGAAUGUGCUGUGUGUCUCCUUUCUUCUGCUAUAGCCAGACAGACCUGCUGGCUCUUAACCAAGCUGAUCCUCAGUGCUGGGAAUCUUCUUCAGUGCUCCUCCUGGAAAUGUGGAAGCCUCGAAUUUCUAACACUGUUUCCGGUUUCUGGGAUUUUAUGAUCUACCUGAAGUCUUCUGAGAACUUGAAGCAUGGGGCACUGUUUUGGGAUCUGGCCCAACUCUUCUGGGACAUCUAUGUGGACUGUGUCCUCUCCAGGAACCAUGGCUUAGGAAGGAGGCAAUUGUCUGGGAAGGAAGAGAAGAUUUCAGCAGCACAUCCACAGCACGCAGGGAGAAAUCAAGGUGCAUAUUCUCAGCAACUAAGAACACCUUUCCUAAAGAAGAAAGAGUUGAUUGAAGGUUUGAUAAGCAUGCAGUUGCACAGGAGUGGGUCUAAGUUCAUUGGAAAAGUCACCAGUGGCCUGGAAAUAAAGAGAAAAUAA